AUUUCCCUCCAGUUAACGAAAACGAGGAAUCCCCGACUGCAGGGACUGAGGAAGGGCGAUCCCUCGAAACCCUAGUUUUCAAAAAGAGGGGGGCAAAAAAAAAAAAAAAAAAAAAUCAGAGUCGAGCUCAAUUUCAAUCUCAGAUAUGGGGAAGAAGCAGCACAGCAAGGAUCGGAUGUUCAUAACGAAGACGGAGUGGGCGACUGAAUGGGGCGGCGCCAAAUCCAAGGAAAACUCCACUCCCUUCAAGCGCCUCCCUUUCUACUGCUGCUCUCUCACUUUCCUCCCGUUCGAGGAACCCGUCUGCACCGCCGAUGGCAGCGUGUUCGAUCUAAUGAACAUAAUGCCUUAUAUCAAGAAGUAUGGUAGGCAUCCGGUUUCGGGCCGCCCGCUCAAGCAACAGGAUCUCAUUCCCCUAACAUUUCACAAGAAUUCAGAUGGAGAAUUUCAGUGUCCUGUUCUGAACAAAGUCUUCACGGAAUUCACACACAUUGUUGCCGUCAGGACUACAGGCAAUGUUUUUUGUUACGAGGCAAUUAAGGAACUUAACCUUAAAACCAAAAAUUGGAAGGAAUUACUUACAGAUGAGCCAUUUACAAGGGAAGAUUUGAUAACAAUUCAGAAUCCAAAUGCUCUUGAUAGUAAAGUCCUUCUAGAGUUUGAUCAUGUUAAAAAUAGUCGGAAACUUGAUGAUGAAGAUUUGAUGAAAAUGAAAGAAGAUCCAACCUAUAACAUUAAUGUGUCUGGCGAUAUUAAGCAAAUGCUUCAAGAGCUUGGGACUGAGAAGGGAAAGGAAGCAGCUUUACUUGGUGGAGGUGGUAGCAAAGCACAGAAAGAACGGGCAGCUGCACUUGCUGCCAUUUUAUCUGCAAGAUCUCGUCUCAAAGAGGAGGCAAAAUCAGGUGCAAAUGGAGAGCCUAAAAUCACACAAUCUUUCAGUAUUGUGGAUGCUGCAUCUGCUUCAGUUCAUGGAAGAAGUGCAGCAGCAGCUAAAGCAGCAUCUAGUGAUAAAACUGCAGCUCGAGUUGCUUUGCACAUGGCAGGUGAACGAGCACCUGUAAAUGCAAAACUUGUGAAAAGCCGUUUUACUACUGGAGCUGCUACUCGUUCCUUUACAUCUACUUCCUAUGAUCCUGUAACAAAAAAUGAGUUCGAAUAUGUGAAAGUUGAGAAGAAUCCCAAAAAGAAAGGGUAUGUUCAGCUGCAUACUACACAUGGAGACUUGAAUUUAGAGUUGCACUGUGAUAUAACACCACGUGCUUGUGAAAAUUUCAUCACUCUUUGUGAACGUGGUUACUAUAACGGGAUAGCUUUCCAUCGAAGCAUAAGGAACUUUAUGAUUCAAGGCGGGGAUCCCACAGGCACUGGAAAAGGAGGUGACUCUAUUUGGGGUAAGCCUUUCAAAGAUGAACUGAAUUCAAAACUGUUGCAUUCUGGAAGAGGUGUUGUCAGCAUGGCUAAUAGCGGGCCGCAUACAAAUGGUUCCCAGUUUUUCAUAUUAUACAAGUCGGCCAAUCAUCUUAACUUCAAGCAUACAGUAUUUGGUGGAGUAGUUGGGGGAAUGACUACACUAGCAGCUAUGGAAAAAGUUCCUGUUGACGAUGAUGACCGGCCUUUGGAGGAAAUAAAGAUAACAAGUGUCACAAUCUUUGUGAAUCCAUACACAGAGCCAGAUGAAGAAGAAGAGAAGGAGAAAGCAGAAGAAGAGGAGAGAGCUGCUGCUGAUGAUAAUGACCAGGUGGGUUCAUGGUUUAGCAACCCAGGCACUGGAGCAACUGGGUCUGCGACAGUAGGCGGUGGAGUCGGCAAGUAUCUCAAAGCAAGGAACACUGCAACCGAAGCUUUGGGGAAUAAUGUGCUUGGUUCAAAUGAUACUAGCAAGAAGAGGAAAGUUGACGUAUCCGGUGUAGAAUAUAAAAACUUUUCUGGUUGGUAGAAAAGACCUCAUUCCAUAUCCAACUAAAGAGGAAAAAGAAAGCUGCUUCCUUGGAUGCAUCCGUUCAUUUUUUUUUAGAAUGCAUGUUUGCAACAUCAGAUGCAUAUUUGCGUGGUGCUCCAUGAUCACCCUCGCUUAUCUAGCAACCGAGGGUUUUGCAUCGAAGGGAAUUGAAAGGUGCGGAUUAACAUUCUUCUGUGUUAUUAUUAGUCUUUUCCCACCUUUGUUAGUAACGUCAGAUGUGUGUAUAUUUCCCUAUCAACUGUCGGAAGUGAAGCAUGAUCGUGUAAUUGAGUUAAUUAAAAGGUUGCCUUUGCUUAAUUUUUUCCGUAGUCGAAUUACUUGAGAAA